AUGGAGGGUCUGGAUAGCGGUGGUUUAGCCACUGACCCUCUGCUCAGUGCAGCCCUCUCAUCCCCACUUGGAUCGUCCCGUGAAGAUCUCUUCCUGCACGAUUUCGCCAGGUCCAGUCCACAUCCAGGCACCUUAUUCGGUUACUUUUUCCCGCCCUCUAGUCAGCCUUAUAACUAUAAUGUGAACAUCAAGUACGAGUAUGAUCUAAAGAACGAGGACGAUUCUAAUGAGUCCCCUCCCGGUCACCCACCUUGUUCCACGCCAUCCGAGUAUGUACAAUCACACGUCUCUCAGGCAAAUGAAACAAACUUCUCCUCGGCUAGUUUCGUUCCAGCAUAUUCCGGAUUAGAGAUUAGAUCACCGAAAUCCGAAAAGGAGUGCUUUUUUAAUGGUUACACAAAUGGAAAAUGUGAUAUGGACGAUGAAGUACGUCUUAUUUCUUCUCUUUUGAAAAGUUUUGAAAUUCUAGAGAAUUUCAAAAAUCCUAUUCAGUCCGUCUGCUUGCCGAAAAAUUGUUCACCAACGACAAAUGGGCAGGAGAGUUUAGACGGAGACGAAGAGGACGACGGCGAAGAGCUCAACACUAAGGAUCUUGCGCAAAGGAUAUCCGCCGAACUGAAACGGUACUCGAUUCCACAGGCGAUUUUUGCUCAGAAGAUACUCUGCAGGUCGCAAGGAACGCUGUCCGAUUUAUUGCGUAAUCCAAAACCGUGGUCGAAAUUGAAGAGCGGUAGGGAGACUUUUCGACGGAUGGCUAAGUGGCUUCAGGAACCAGAAUUCAAGCGGAUGUCUGAUCUCAGAAUGGCAGGUCAGCUCUCUUCUACUCGAUUCUAUAUUCCCGUCUUCGCUUUCCACUCUGUAUCCUUCUCUCUUUCUGUCUCGCCGUUUACGUCUCUACUUUUCUCCCUCUGUCUCUCUCUCCAUCUCUUUGCUUACAUCUGUUUCUUUCUCUCUAUCGCUCUUCCUCAGCGCUCUCUAGCUGGUGUUUAUGGUGCGAAUCUGUCAUCAUUUGCAACGCUACCUAAUCUCUUAGACAUCUCGACCAGCUGCCACUUGAAAUCGUACGAACGGUCUCGAUCUAUAAUUAGUGAAAUGAAUUGUGAACUAAAUUCAACUAGUCUCACUGCCACUGGAGGUUCCGGCAUAUCUCCUUAUUGGAGAACAACAUGUUUCAGUAAGGCCGGUGCAGUUCUGCAGUGA